UUCACUGGGUGGAUAAGAUGGCUGUUCCUGGGAGAGAUGCAGACCUGAGGCUCCAGCAGAACAAUCCACUGGAUCCCAGCAGUGGUCAGAAGAGCAAGUUCUUGGGGACUGACUGGAAAACACCCACGCUGUCGGUGAAGUCCCAGAGCCGCGUCAGUCGCUGUCCGAGCGUGGCCGACAGUGGGGAUGGGGGCAUCGGCACCUCCUGCUCGGACAGCACAGAAGAUUUUUGCAAUUCCAGUAACGGUUCCUCAUUCCACCCCAUCAAAACCCAGGUGACCAUUCCAACAGCCCACAUUAUGCCUUCCACGCUGGGUGCCUCACCCUCCAAGCUGUGCUCUGCAGGAGACCAGGGCUGUUCCCAGGGCACUUCAAAGGCUGCUGUGCCAGGAUCUGCCUCUGAACACUCAGGGCUCACGAGGAACGGGGAUUUUAAUGCUGGGAAGUCGUCUCAGGUGCCACCCAGGGAUCUCCUGCGGCUCUACGGGGGUUCAGGGCAAAAUGGCUUUGAGCAGCCCUGGCCCCACGCUGCCGAUCCCAUGAGAACAGAAGACCCUUGGAAGUUUGAAACCCCUGCCAUGGAGCGCACCCUGAACCAGUCUCUCUUUCUGGACAGUUUGUGUGCUGACCCCCAGCACAGGUUCCAGAAGCUCAAUCCAAACCCCGAGGCGGGGAAGGACCGUUUUAAGGUGCUGCCAGAGAGCAAACACGGGGCAGGGCCCGACGGAGUCUGCGAGCCCCGGGACGGGACGUGGCCGAGCGGGAGCAGAGCGAUGCCAGCGGGACUCCAGGCCAACAAUUUCUUCCCCAAACCUGUCGUGACUCCUCCAUCCCGAGCGUGGGUGCCAGAAGGAUGCACCCUCCAUCCACACAAGGGGGUCUGCGAGCUCAGUGCCUGGAAACAGCAGCUGGACCAAGUGAGGCUGCAGGUGGAGCAGAUGCAGUUACAAAAUGGAGGCACCUGCCCCCAUUCCUCGAUGUACUCUCCAUCCCUGCCUCCACCUGAUCCAGCCCAGUGGAUCAAUAUCCUGAACUCCAAUGAAAACCUACUCAAGGAGAAAGAGCUCCUCAUUGACAGACAGAGGCAGCACAUAUCCCAGUUGGAGCAGAAAGUCCGGGAAAGUGAACUGCAGGUUCACAGUGCCCUGCUGGGCUGUCCAGCAUCCUAUGGAGAUGUCUACAUGCUCAGACUGCAGGAGCUGCAGAGGGAGAACACGUUCCUGCGAGCACAGUUCACGGAGAAGACUGAAUCCCUCAGCAAGGAGAACAUUGAGUUGGAGAGGAAGCUGGCUGCUGCAGAGGUGGAUGUGAAGCUGGCCCGGGAGUCGCUGAAGGAAGCUGUGCAGAAACACGCAGAGGAGUUAAAGAAACAGGAAGAAAGGGUAAAGGGAAGAGACAAGCACAUCAGUAACCUUAAAAAGAAAUGCCAGAAGGAAUCUGAACAGAGCAGAGAGAGACAGCAGAGAAUUGAGACCCUGGAACGAUACCUGGCUGAUCUGCCCACCCUUGAGGAGCACCAGAAACAGAGUCAGAAGCUGAAGGAUUCUGAACUGAAGAGCACUGCUCUGCAGGAAACAGUGCUGGCACUGGAAACAGAGCUUGGAGACAUCCAGGCUGCUCUCAGGGAGCAGGAGAUGCAGCUGGAAAACCAAAAACACAAGGAGAUGGAGCUUCUCUCCACUGUGCGCAGCUUGCAGGAUAAGCUGCAGCAGAGUGUAAAGAAUGCAGAGAGAGGACCCACUGCCCAGGAUGGGGAGAGAAAGAAAAUGGAGCAUGACUCUCUGAAGAAAGAAUGCGACUGCCUCAAGAAGAUCGUGGACAAAAAGCAGAAGAAGAUGGAGCAGUUAUCCUUGCAAGUAAAGAACCUGGAAGAACAGGUGGCUCAGGAAGAGGGGACAAGCCAAGCUCUGAAAGAAGAGGCGAUGAGAAGGGAAAAUGCACUGCAGCAGCUCCGGGCUGCUGUGAAAGAGCUCUCUGUGCAGAACCAGGAGCUGAUCGAGAAGAACCUGACGCUCCAGGAGCGGCUCCGCCAGGCCGAGCUGACGGCCCAGCCCCUGCCCGCUGACACAGCCCGCCUCACCCAGGAGCUGCACGGGGAGCUGGCCAUCUGCCUGCAGGAUUUACAGUCUGUCUACAGCAUUGUCACUCAGAGGGCUCAGGGCAAGGACCCCAACCUCUCUCUGCUCCUGGGUAUUCACUCUGUGCAACACCCUGUGAAGGAGAAGGAAGACUUGCUGAGCCCUGAUGGACUUGCAAAGAAAGUGGUGGAGGUAAAACAGCUUCACAAAGAGGUGGAGGAGUUAAGGACUGCGAUAUCUGACAGAUAUGCUCAGGAUAUGGGAGACAACUGCAUCACCCAGUAAAGAGCACUCCCCAAAGUAAGACAGGAAAUGAAGACUUGAAACCCUCGGGAGUCUUGAGCUCCUGCAACCCUAAACCUAUUCAGCACUUUACCAUCCCUCUGCUCGGGUACAAGAGAUGUGACUUAUCUGAUCUGUGAGGGAUCAGGGGGUUUGUUGCCAGAAGUGUUCAGCUGCUGACUGGAAUCGUUCAGGGCUUCGGUGUCGGGCUUUGCAGUAGCUUUGAUCUUGUGGAAUGUGUUUUAUGCUGUGUUUGCUGGAGCUGGUGUGGUCUCUGACGCUGGGAGAUUGGAUUCUGACUUGCCUUCCAGGCAUGUCAAAUGCUGAACAUGCAAAUGUGACGGUUAAAAUCAUCACUAAAAGGAAAUGUAUGCCCUGGUGUUUUCUGAUAACUUCCCUGUGCAGGUCCUGUGUGACUUGUGAGACCAGUGGAUUCUUGGAGUGUUCAGAGGGUACCUGGAUUUUGUAGGCAGGCAGGUGUGCUGGUAUUUACACUGAGGUGCUACUGGCUUGGAUUUAUGGAGCAGGACCUGCUUUCCUCAGGUAAACGCAACCAGAGUCUUUCAGUAGCCAGCAUGAGUUGGAAAUUAAGGCAACACUAAAAGACUCUGGAAAUGCUCCCCCUGGGCACUGUUACCCCAGAAGCCUUAAGCCUUUUGUCCCCCCCAGAUAGCACUGGGAGUUGGGUGUGACUCACACUGUAGGGGAAAUGGAUUGAUGCUGAAGUGCCUUAAUGUGCUGGAGAAACCCUCUGUCCCCACUCUGCGUCGUGCCUAAUGCAUCUGCUGGCAGAUGAGGAGCUGCUGUUCCUUCUCACAGCCUUUUAGAGCUAUCCCAAACAAUCCUGGGGAACCCUGAAUGUCUGUGGCCCCUGCCAGAGCUUCCCAGAGCCUCUGUGCCCCUGGGGACACACCUCUGGCUUGGCUCUCUGCUGCUUGACUGGGAGAAAGCCAUGCUGGUCCUAAUGGGGAGAUGACACAGAGAGCUCUUCCUGCAAGGCAGUGGCCACUCAAGUUUUGUUGGAGCCCUGGGAUUUCUAAAUAAAUCAGUGAGGGAUAAGUUUCUCUGCACCAUGAUCCCCCUAAACCUUAGUGGCAACUUUACAGUACUGAGCCCUGGCUUGUGACAACGCUGUGGUGCUGAGGGUGGAACUUCUGUUGGUUUUCAGCUUGAGUUACGAGCAAGAUACUAAGCUGUAACAGGGAAAACUCCUCCUGAAACUUGUGCUGUUCGGUUGUUCUCGGUUCACGCUGGGGCUGCGAGCCCUGGGUUUGGCAGAAAUGCUUUCUUGUUAUUCCUUUGUGUUAAAUUUUAAGACCAAAUCUGUUUUGUUUUAUAGUGUUUGGCCACCGUGGGUGAUGGUGGCAAGGAAAUUGGUUGGUUUGUCCUGAGCUGCUCUCCCUGUGUCCAGUGUGUUACGUGCCUGGCUGUGCCUGUCCCCAGGCUGCUGGUGCCGUGUACUGAGGGAAACACAUUUCCAAGGCUAUUCCUUGAUGCUGUUUGUCCCGACUGCCGGGAGCUCUGCUGUCUCCUGCAGGGUUCUCAGGGUGCUGUUGAGCACCAUCCCCUUUCCCCCCUUUGCUUUGGGGUGCAAGAUCCAGUUCCCAGGUGCUGUGUGGGGACAUGUUUGCCCUCUGCCCCUGUGGAGCUGGUUGUGAGAUGAGAUUGUGGCCGAAACCACCUCUGCUGAUGCUUUUGGAGCAUCACCCUUGGCCCUGUGCCUGCAGUUGGGCUGCCCUGGUCGUGUGUUCCCCUCCAUGGCGACGUGUCCCCUCAUCACCCUCCUGCACUCCUGAGCCUGUUUGGCUAAGAGGGUGAUCCCAAGUGCCCUUUGCUGCUGGUGCACAGGAAAUCUUGGACCCUUCACUCCUGAACACCCCAGGCCAGGGGUGGGGAGCAGGAUGGUGUUCCCUCCCUGUCCCCCCUUCCUGCCCCCCCAUCCCCUUGUCCUGUGCGUGUGCUCCUACCCCGCUUCCCGUUGGGCUCGGUGUGUUCGUACCAGCCCGUGUCUUGUUGCUUGUUUGUACCGAGUAUUUUGAUUAUAAAAUAAAGCUGCUCAGACCCA